AUGGUGUGGCUGCUGCUGCUGCUGGCAACAACGAUGACGUCAUCCUUGCACUUGCCCGAUUCCGUGAAGCUGCCGGGUCCGGCUGCGAAAGAAGAGAUGGGGGAUCUAGCCCAGCUCAAGAUAAAUACUCUAGCGGCCUGGAUAUACUAUAAAGGCAUUAUUCCCGGCCGUAUACCUGGAAACAUGUUCGAGAACCUGAAGCGUCAACUGAUGGCGAGGCACAAAUACGCUCCUGUUGACGAGCUGCUUUUGUCUCGUGGCCAGGAAGAAAUGCUGUCGGAUUCGUCGACAAACCGAUCAAAACAUCAAUCGUCGCUUCAUUCCGAAGAAACGUGCUCCGACUGUGCUCUCGUAAAACUGCGAAAACAGAGCGAUCGUCGUCGAAGUCACGGCAUUCAAAGAGUUGAGCCAAACGUGGCUCAUCAGAGUAUCAAUAAUGCGCUCCCGAUGAGAUCCAAAUCCUUUCGAGACACUGUAUCCCGGUGCAAUAAUAACCAGCAGCAACAACGAGGACAACGAGACUGUGAUGGUACCAUGUUUGAAGAACCAAUUCGGAAUCUGCUGGUACCAAUGGCACCGAAGCUUGCGAGGAAGAAAUUUCUGGUGCUUGAUUUGCCCAUCAGCAGCAAUGAGAGUCCGGAUCCCAUGUUUGCGCCGCAUUUGCCCAAGUGCUAUUUGAUCAUGAUUAAUGAAAUGGAGUAA